AUGGAGUACACGUUCAGAGCUGUCACACGCUCUCCGGGCAUUUUAAUUUGGAGAAUUGAGAAAAUGGAACUAGUCCUGGUCCCCGAAAAAUCUCAUGGAAACUUCUAUGAAGGCGACUGCUACCUUGUGCUCUACACUCAGAAAGUGGGCGGGUCCACGUCUUAUGACAUCCAUUACUGGAUUGGCUCACAGUCCUCUCAGGAUGAGCAGGGGGCGGCAGCUGUCUACACUGUCCAGCUGGAUGAGUUCCUGGGCUCCAGCCCUGUCCAGCGCCGGGAAGUUCAGCACCACGAGUCUGAUGCCUUCUGUGGUUACUUCAAACAGGGUAUUGUCUAUAAGAAAGGAGGAGUGGCCACGGGAAUGAAGCAUGUGGAGACAAAUUCUUAUGAUGUCCAGAGACUCCUCCAUGUGAAAGGGAGCAGGAGAGUGACUGCCAAAGAGGUGGAGAUGAGCUGGAAAAGCUUCAACACUGGAGACGUCUUUCUGCUGGACAUUGGUAAAACCAUCAUCCAGUGGAAUGGGCCUGAAAGCAACAGGAAAGAACGCAUGAAGGGCAUGCUUCUGGCAAAAGAUAUCCGUGACAGAGAGAGAGGGGGGAGGACAGAAAUCGGAGUGAUAGAGGGAGACGCAGAAAAGGACUCGCCCCUCCUAAUGGAAGCACUGACCGGUAUCCUUGGCAACCGGCCCACCAAACUGCCCAGUGGGAUGUCCGACGAGGUGGCAGACCAGGAACAGAUGAGCCAGCUUACUCUGUACCAUGUGUCUGAUGCCGACGGAACAAUGAAGGUCACAGAGGUUGCCACAAGACCACUGGUGCAGGAUUUAUUAAACCAUGAUGACUGUUACUUCCUGGACCAAGGAGGAGUGAAAGUGUUUGUGUGGAAAGGAAAGAGAGCCAACAAGGCAGAGAGACAAGCAGCUAUGGCUCGAGCAUUGGAGUUUAUUAAGUUGAAGGGAUACCCUCACACCACUAAUGUGGAGACAGUGAAUGAUGGAGCAGAAUCUGCCCUCUUUAAACAACUCUUCCAGAGUUGGACUGUCAAAGACCAGACAGUAGGCCUGGGCAAAACACACACUGUGGGGAGAGUAGCAAAAGUCUCACAAGAGAAGUUUGAUGCUGCCAGGAUGCACGUGAUGCCUGCAGUAGCAGCGCAGGAGCGAAUGGUGGAUGAUGGCUCUGGACAAGUGGAGGUGUGGCGAAUUGAGAAUUUGGAGCUGGUUGCUGUGGAGCCCAAAUGGCAUGGUUACUUCUAUGGAGGGGAUUGCUACCUAGUCCUUUACACCUAUGAAGUGCAUGGCAAGAAGAGCUAUCUCCUGUACAUGUGGCAGGGUCGCCAUGCUUCCCAGGAUGAAUUAGCAGCCUCUGCAUUCCAGGCAGUGAAUCUAGACCAGAAGUAUAAUGGUCAACCUGUCCAAGUACGAGUGACCAUGGGAAAAGAACCACGCCACUUUAUGGCCAUGUUUAAGGGCAAGAUGGUCAUCUUUGAGGGGGGCACCUCACGGAAAGGGGCUUCAGACCCGGAGCCCCCAGUUCGCCUGUUCCAGGUCCGAGGCACUGACUCAUCCAACACUAAAGCCACUGAGGUGCCUGCUUUAGCUGCUUCUCUCAACUCCAAUGACGUCUUCAUCCUGAAGAGCCAAACAGGCGUUUACCUGUGGUGCGGCAAAGGUUCCAGUGGGGAUGAGAGAGCUAUGGCUAAAGAAGUGAGUGCUAUCUUUGGUAAAGGCUCUGAGGAGAUUGUGGCAGAGGGUCAGGAACCUAUUGAAUUCUGGGAUCUAAUGGGUGGGAAGACCCCAUAUGCAAAUGACAAGAGACUACAACAGGUUGUAAUAGAUCAUGAACCACGCCUCUUCGAGUGCUCCAAUAAGACUGGCCGAUUUAUUGUUACCGAAGUGACACAGUUCACUCAGGACGACCUCAACGAGGAUGAUGUGAUGCUUUUGGACACAUGGGAUCAAGUCUUCAUUUGGGUAGGAAACCAGGCCAAUGAGGUUGAACGAAAGGAAUCUGUGGUCACCUGUCAGGAAUAUCUGCGGACACAUCCAGGAAACCGAGACCCAGCAACACCCAUUCUGAUGGUGAAGCAAGGUUUUGAGCCUCCCACAUUCACUGGGUGGUUUACUGCCUGGGACCCAACCAAAUGGAGUGAGGGAAAGACCUAUGAACAGCUGAAGAGAGAGUUGGGAGAAGUUGCGUCAGUCACAAGAGUUCAACCAGCUCCUCAGAAUGAUGAUCAAUCAGAGAUCAGCAGGACAUAUCAGCCUUUUCCUCCUGAGCAGUUGGUUAACAAACAAGCAGAGGAGCUUCCGGAAGGUGUGGAUCCCGCUCACAGAGAGAAACAUCUCUCAGACUCUGAUUUCCAAACCAUAUUUGAAAUGCCCAAAGACCAGUUUGCCAGCUUACCCCAGUGGAAACAAUGGAGCUUGAAGAAAGCAAAGGGUUUGUUUUGA